AUCACCCAUGGUCUGCGCCUGACCUCCCUGCUCCCAGGGAAGCAGUCUCCAUGGCUACUGGCCCUGCUCCUCCAGAGCAGACUGUAAAUUCCUGCAGGCAGAGCCCAGCCUGGGGGUGCGAGGGGGGAGCCGGGAAGGAGUAGCUAAAGCCAAAUAGAAAGAAAGAAAGGCUGGGAGAAAAAGGGCGUUGCUUGGAUGGGGCUCUCCUUUCCACUCCCCUUUCUCAGGUCCCCAGCACCAGUGCAAGGCGCCUGCUUCCCCCCUUCAUCGCCGCCGCCGCUGCUGCUGCUCUCUUGCAGAACUGGAAUUGGCUGGGAUUAUUUAGCAAAAAGAAGAAGAAGGAGAAGAAGGAGAAGGGAUCAGAGCAGCCGCCAGGGAGAGGGCGAUAGAGUCCACUUUCUUCCAACUGCCCUAGGUCUCCUUCCCUCACUCUCUCCUCUUUAGCAACACCAAGAGCCCCACACUGAACCCAGAGCAGCUUUUUCCAUCAUUUCGGUUCCCUUCCCUCCUUCUGUCUCACACACAGCAAGAGGAGAGCCCCUUCCUUCUCUUGCCUUCCCUUUGCAUGCUCAGCCUCUUGUUUCCUUUAAAGCACGAGAAAUCCCCCUUCUUGCCCCCGCUCCUGCAGGCAGGCGGGGAUUGCAAUGGGAGCGUUGCAGAUUGCUGGAUUGUGCACGCUUGCCCUUCUGCUCCACUCUGGAAUCACGCUGGCAAAUAAAGCCGGUCAAGAUGUGGAUGAGUGCGUGGAGGGUACUGACAGCUGUCACAUUGAUGCCAUCUGCCAGAACACACCCAAGUCCUACAAGUGCAUCUGCAAGUCCGGCUACACCGGUGAUGGGAAGCACUGUAAAGAUGUGGAUGAGUGUGAGCGGGAGGACAACGCAGGCUGCGUCCACGAGUGUGUCAACAUCCCUGGGAACUACCGCUGCACCUGCUACGAUGGCUUCCGCCUGGCACACGAUGGCCACAACUGCCUGGGUGAGUGCUGGCCUGGCUCAGGGCUGGCUCUGUUGUAGGGUUUGUUGUGCCAAGGUUUGCUGCUAGCUGAAGUUGCUGCUUAAAUGGACCUCAGCAUCUUUGCUUUUGCCAAGAAACCAAGGCAAU